AUGGGCAGGAUAAGUUUCGCCAGCAAAGAUGUCUCUGUCGAGACGGUCGAGAAGGGCACAGUGGUCCCGGAUUCACCACUUUCGCCAACCAGGCCGCCGGAGGAAAUCGCCAUGGAGCAGCCAGAAUGGAGGGCCACCGAGAAGAGCCUCGUGAGGAAGUUGGACAUGUCGUUGCUACCAGUGGUCUGGACAUUGUACAUGUUCAACUUUCUCGACCGGAACAACCUGGCGCAGGCGAAAUUGAACGGUUUCGAGAAGCACCUGGGCCUUGUGGGGAACCAGUUCAACACUGCUGUGUCGGUAUUCAACGUCGGGUAUAUGACCGCACAGCUGCCGUCCAACAUGCUCAUAACACGGGUCAUUUACAUCCUGUCAUGCUGGUACACCCAGAAGGAGCUCGCCUUCCGUACCGCGAUCCUUUACUCUGGCAUGCUCGUGGCCACCGCCUUCGCAGGGCUCAUCGCCGCCGCCGUGUUCGCCCAUCUAGACGGCGUCCGCGGGCUGGAGGGGUGGCAGUGGCUCUUCAUCAUCGAGGGGGCGGGCAGUUUCGCGUCGGCCUUCACCGCGCUUGCGUUUCUGCCGGAUUACAUCGGGAGUAAGACGGGGGUUUGCUCGUGGCUGAUGAGCGAGGAGGAACUGAGGGUUGCGAAGAUGAGGAUGGACGCGGACCGGGUGUCGGUGCCGGAGGAGAAGGGGACAGUGUGGCAUGGGCUAAGGCUUGCUGUUACAGACAUCAAGACGUGGGGAUUUGGGUUCAAGCUGGGCUCGAACACGAUCGCGCUCGUGCUCACGGCGCCGCCCUACCUCCUAGCCGCCGUCGUCAGCAUCGGGGUCGCCAUGUCCAGCGACAGGCGGGGCGAGCGCGGCCUUCACAUCGUGGCCCCCUUGUGCGUCGCCAUGAUCGGGUACAUCAUCACGGCCUCGACGGUCAACAGUCCCGUGCGGUACUUUGCCAGCUUCCUCUUCGUGCCGGGGGCAUUCGCGCCGACGGGCUUGAUCUUCAGCUGGGCCGCGAGCACGCUGAGCGCCAGCCCCGAGAAGAGGGCCGCGGCGACGGCGCUUGCCGCAGGAUAG